AUGGGAGAAACUCCCCAUUCCUGGAACUUGUCCAACUUUGAAGCAGUGCGAGAUGGUUCUGACGAUUCAAGCAAUUCUCCAAAGCCAUGGGAGCAACCUGAGUUCAAAGCGAAAGCCCAUCGAACUUGGCGCUCCUUUCAAAGAUACAUAUGGGAUGAUCCUGACAAGCCGGCCAUCGAAAAGAAAUUCUUGUUGAAAUUGGACUUCUUCCUUCUCACCUACACAUGCCUUGGUUACUUCUGCAAGAAUCUAGAUCAACAAAAUAUCAACAAUGCCUAUGUGUCCGGAAUGAAACAAGCAUUACACAUGGGGGGCAGCCAACUGACGUACUUGAGCAACGUGUUUACCGCGGGCUAUGUUGUUGGACAAUUACCAGCUGUGAUAUUGGCCACUAAAAUCCGACCAAGUAUCCUGGUGUCUAGCUUGGAGAUUCUGUGGGCGGUCUUCACAUUCUGCUGUGCGUCAGUAAAGACUGUACCACAGCUUUAUGCUAUGAGAUUUCUGAUCGAGCUAUGCGAGGGAGCAUUCUUCCCGGACAUCAUCUAUGUGAUCAGUUCCUGGUCUGACAGCAUAAGACACGAAAAACGAGGGGGUAAACGAGUUACUCUCUUCUACUCCACCGCCACCAUGGCCGGUAUGUUCAGCGGCUACCUCCAAGCCGCCGCAUACCGCAACCUCAACAGCGUUGGAGGCCGCGAAGGCUGGCAAUGGCUCUACAUAAUCUGUGGUAUCAUAUCUCUGCCCGUCGGUGUGAUUGGCUAUUUCUUCAAUCCCGACUUCCCAGAAAACACGCGAGCCUUCUAUCUUUCCCCAGCAGAAGCCGAACUCGCACAGAAACGUCUCUUUCCAUCCGCGCAGCCGGCUUUCGCUCUUUAUCUUAAGUCAACACAUCAUUCCGCCUAUCAAAUAAAUGUCUGGCCUACUGGUCAGUCAGCAGUUGGAAUCAUCGUUCAAAUCGCAGCUGGCAUGCUCUCCGACUCUCCACUGCUCAAUGGCCGACGAUGGCAAGCUAUCACAGUGAUGCAAGCAGGAACACUUUUAGGCUCAGUCAUCAUUGCGAUCUGGAGCGUACCGCAAGGUCUUCUCUUCUUCGCCUACUACAUCUCUUUCAUGUCCGCUGGUGUGCCGGGGAUUUAUUACUCGUGGUUCCCGGACUUGAUGCCGCAUGGUCAUGAGAUGAGGGGGUUCUUGACGGCGUUCAGUAAUAUUGCAAGUUAUGUGAACCAGAUCUGGGUUUCUGAUGCUGUUUGGAGGACAGCUGAAGCGCCGAGGUUUAGACCGGGGUUUAUAUGGGUGAGUGUGGUUUGUGUGGUUUUGAUUGCUUUGAGUGUGUUGUUGCAGUUUCUGGAGAAGAGGGAUGGGAAGAGGAGGGAAACGGUGGCGAGGGAGGCAGAGCAUGUUUACAUUGAAGCGCCUGGAGAUAUGCAGAAGGUGUAGGCGUGUUUAGUCGGGUAUGAAAGAGUACGAAAUGGAACGUAGAUAGUAGUAGAUUCAACAGACUCUGGAGAAGACUUACAGCAUAAUGUUGUGAGCCUGUGAUGAUCAUGGAGACUUUGAGCAACGCUUGGAGGAAGAGGUAGGAGGGGUGUAUGUAACGAAAGUGGGAGGGUGUCUGUAGGAAGCUCUCAGGGGGGUAGCUUAGAGCGAAUGCUGAGGCGAGCUUCUCGGGACUGGGGAAGGACGCAAUGUCGCGCGUGGUGGGAAGAGUGAUGCUGGGAGGAGGUGAAGAGUGGGACAGAUGCUGGCAUGAAUGCGAAG